UUUCAAUAAUUGGUCGCUGCUGUUGUCGUCGAUGCAGUGGUUACUGAGUUGGCUUGCAACUGAAAUUGCUACCCUGUUUGGUGCCAAAGUUAACGAAGUGAACUAUGUACUCUGUCUGUUACUAGCGUUCCCUUUGGGUGUGCUGUAUAGAUGGAUUCAUUACCCAACACUUCGGAUUCUUUUCUCCCUUGUUACCGGUGGUUGGUUGGGAUUGACAGCGUUGGGUAUACACUCGUUACAUAUUGUGGUGGCCUCUUUUGUCUGUUAUCUCAUCAUGUUAACCAAUUGUAAGAGACAACAUCACUAUGUAUUUUUUUGGGCAUUCUUAUACCUAUCAGUGGGACAUAUCUAUAGACAAUGGACCGAUUAUUUGGGCUGGUCACUCGAUUUUACGUUACCGUUGAUGAUUGUUACUCAGAAAGUAAUAUCUCUCAGUUAUGCCCUUCAUGAUGGAAUGAUGAACAGUGAGUGGAAAACCGAACAGAAAGGCACAAGUAUUCGCACACUUCCCAAUAUAUUGGAAUUUUAUGCAUUUAUUUUGUUUCCACCUUCCUUAUUGGUUGGUCCCUAUUUGGAGUUUGUUGAUUGGCAAGCCCAUUUACAAAAUAGACGAUGUAUCAAGGAUGCAGCACGAUUAGGAUUUGGUAGAUUAGUACAAGGCCUAGGUUGUCUCACAAUCUAUUUGAUUGGAGAUAAAUGGCUUCCUAUUCAACUUUUAGGUGAUGAGCGUUUUCUUUCUAUGGGCCAUUGGUUGGUUCGUUUUCUGUGGAUUGAUGUGAUACUAUUUGGCUACCGUUUCAAAUAUUAUUUUGCUUGGAAAUUGGCGGAAGGUGCUUUGGCAUCGAGUGGGAUGGGACGUUUGAGUGAACAGGAACCUAGGCGUUUUGAAGCCAUUCAAGUCAUUGACAUAUUGGGGUUUGAGUUGGCAGAGAAUCCUCGAGAAUUGACUUCCAGUUGGAACAAAACAACAAAUGUGUGGCUAAGAAGAUAUGUCUAUGAAAGGUAUAAUGAAAGAUACAAUUCAUAUUCCAUCUGUUUGUUCAAUGGACGUAGAAUGGUUCGACCUUGGAAUCUUUAUUAUGCUUUUGUUAUUUCUGCAUUUUGGCAUGGAUUCUAUCCGGGUUACUAUCUGUUUUUUGUGACCAUGUCUGUGGUGACUUCCAUUCAUCGCAAAAUUAGGAAACGAUUGCGUCCGUUGGUGACACCUCAUCAUACAGUUGCUGUUUGUUGGCGCAUUGCUUCCAUAUUGUUGACUCGUUUCACUUGUUCGUAUUUCAUUAUCUCUUUUACGGCAUUAUCAUUUGAAGCUAGUUUCAAAGUGUAUCGUUCAUUACAUUUGACCGGACAUGCGAUUUUGUUGAUAGCGAUGAUCAUAUUUUAUACUGGUACAUUUGAUAGAUUAGUUGCGAAAUAUCAUUUUGGAAUUGCAGACUCAUAUGGUGCUUCCAACAAAAUUGAUUAACUGCUAUUUCUUCUUCUAUUUUCUUUUUGGGGAAAUAAAUAAGGAUAUCCACAUCGUGUGAGUUUUUCCUUAUAUUGAAAGGAGGAGACAAAGAAAGGGAAGCCAUUUAUAUGUAAACCAUGACACAAACCAGUUUCUAAGUACUAUAUGCAACCAUUACCCUAACAAAUAAUAGGUUUCUCAGAAAGCUGUGUAACUCUGCUCAGUUUCUUCUGCAUAAUAUUGAGGUGGAGGUGGGAAAUUGGGUUGGGAAGUUUCCUCCGAUGGUGGAGAUGAAUAAGAAUCUGGUUCUUGCUUCUCUUGUUCUUUUGGCAUAUUCCAGUAAGUAGCUCUUCUUUCGUGGUCCACGUAAAAGUGCUUCCUUCUACCUGUUGGUGUUCGAACUGCUCGUACCUCCCAUCGUGGUGAAGGACUCUUACCAGGAGAAGAAGUUGGAGUUGACUCCUCUUUUCUGUUGAUGGGUAUUGGAAGAGACGUCAUAUUGGAUAUAAAUUAGAACACUGGAAAUGUAUCAAUGGAUACACCCAACGGAAAGGAAAAAGAAAUAAAUGGAUUGAGUUUCACUCAGAUUAACAUCUCCAAAUGG